CAAAGUGCGCUCGGGGAGAGGCGUUCCGAUCCCGGCUCCGGGAUGAGGAGCGCGCGACUCCAUCCCCGCGCGCCUCUCCUCCUCCCCGCGGCGAGACGGCGAGCGCCAUGGGCUCCCCAGGGCCGCUCUACUCGCGCCUGUCGCGGGUCAAAGUGUCCAAUCCCGUGCUGCGAGAAGCCCUCGCGGAGUUCAUCGGCGUCUUUAUUCUCAUCCUGUUCGGCUGCGGCUCAGUGGCCCAGGUGCAUCUGAGCCGCCACUCCGCCGGGCAGACUCUCGGCAUCAACUUCGCCUUCGCCUUCGGGGUGGUCAUGGGGGCCCACCUGGCCUGGGGAGUCUCGGGUGCGCACCUGAACCCCGCCGUCUCGCUCUCCAUGUCGCUGCUCGGCCGCUUACCCUGGAGGAAGCUCCCCGUGUUCUGCCUCGCGCAGUUCCUGGGCUCGUUCGUGGCGGCUGCCACCGUCUACGGCCUCUACUACGAUGCCCUCAUGGCGUUCAACGGCGGGAACCUGACGGUGACCGGCUCCGGUGCCACGGCCGCGAUCUUCGCCACUUAUCCCUCGGAACACCUGUCCAUCGCCGGCGGCUUCUUUGACCAGUUGCUGGGCACGGCGGCGCUGCUGCUGUGCAUCAUGGCACUCCUCGAUUCCAAGAACAACGCCGUGCCGCGCGGCCUGGAGCCGCUGCUCAUCGGCCUGGCGGUGUUCGGCAUCAGCCUCUCCAUGGCCUUCAACUCGGGGUGCGCCAUCAACCCCGCGCGAGACUUCGGCCCCCGCCUCUUCACCGCCAUGGCGGGAUACGGCAGCGAGGUGUUCACGGUGGGCCCCCAUUGGUGGUGGGUCCCCAUCAUCGCCCCCCUCGUGGGGGGCCCGCUGGGUGCCCUGUGCUACAUUUUGUUCGUGGACCUGCAUCACAUCGCCCCGCCGGAGCUGCCCCCAAUGGCGCUGGAGCCGCUGGUGUCCGACGAGAACCACCACAGCAAAGGCAGCUACGUCGCCGUGAAGACGGGGCAGCAGCCAUAGGCGGCUUGCCGGGCCGUGCCCACGGCCACCAGUGACGACUCGUCGCGGAGGCCGCCCCAAUGUGAUGUUACUUCCCCGCUCAACGUGCACAAAGUUGCAUGGCAAGCUAAGGGAGAAUUAGUCGCAACAAUAAUAAUAAUCACAAUUUACAUCCAAUCGUUCUCAGGGCGCUCUGCAUGGCAAGGCGGAAAAUAGUUUAACAACAAAGUAAAGAAGAAUUGAGAAAGACGGUUGAACCUGUAGGAGUGUCACGUGGAGCUCACCAGAUGAACUGAACCGCCACCCGGAGCCGGAAUGAUCGGGGACCCAAUCAUGAAUGUUCUAAUUAUUAUGAAUGGCGAAUUUGUGACGAUUCCACUUUAUUUAUGAUACGCAGUGGGGAUGAAUGCUUCGUGUGAUAUAUAUAACCCGUCAGAUAAAAAUAACUGUUUGUAUUGAUGCAAUCUUAAAAUGUAUAUUUUGUAAAAACUUGAUGUGAAAUGGUAAUUAUACUUUUUUUUCGGAUAAAUUAUCGUGUAAAUAAGAUCCGUGCUAUUGCGGGAGUGGGUUUUGUCCAGGUGAAAAUAGCGGCACACGCGUUACCAAUCCACGUACUUUAGUUUCAACUGUGUUAAAUUAACGAUGCACACACACACGAUGUUCCUUUCAAACCUGAAAAUAAAUUCAAAGCUCAUUAACGUGUUA